AUGAGGGGCCGUUGUUUGUCCACGAAUGCACGAGGGACAAGCAAAUUUCAAGGGACUAGCCGUCCUCGUGUCUCGGAGGAUUUUGACCGGGCAGUUUCUCAGUUCAUGGCCGGUUUUCAAGCGCAACAGCCGGCGCAAACACAGCAGAAGGCGGUGAAUGAAGGGGUUGUGAGCCGAGACGACCUUCUGGCUCAGCUACAGAGGCGUGCUAAUAUAACGGUCACCCGGCCGCCGUCAGCCGUAGGAUUUCCGUCGGCUGGCAUCAACGGCAGAUACUUGACUUUCUCUUCCACUGGCCUUACCGAGAAUUCGGCGUUGCUCUCUACUGCUUCUCUCCUCCAAUCAUCCGCCACUUUUCCCCAACCUCCUGUUUCCCCACUCCCUGGGAUUCCCGCGGUAUCACCUCCGUCAGUAGGGAUACCCGCAUCCAUUUCAUCAAACGGUUUCCUGAGCAACGUAUCUGGUGUGACUACAUCGGGUGGGACCCCCUUCGGCAGCAACAUUAUUUCCGGCGUAACCCCUCUUAGCAAGAGCAUGAUCGCAGCUGCAAGCCCUCUAAGCGCUCUCGGAUUUAACUUCGCCGCAAGCAGCGCGAAACUGGAUUCCGACGAGGACGAGGAGAAGAAGGUUCGACGAAUUAUGUCGAAUCGCCAGUCGGCGAAGCGGUCGCGACAGCGGAAGCGCGAACGACUCGACGAGCUUGAGGAAGAGGUCGCGGCUUUGACGCAAGCGCGCGAGGAGGCGAAUUGGAAGCUGAAGGAGGCUGAGGCGAGCGCGGAAGGCCUUCGCGCGGCGAACGAGCACAUGAAGGAGGAGGCAGAGCGAUUGCGAAGGGAGAUCGGCUUGCGCGGAAGACAGUCGCAGAUUUCGUCGCAGCUUCCCUCGCAAGUGCCUGCGCCUGCCGCUCCCGCAGCAGAAGUAGCGGAAGCCGUUCCGGCGUGCGACGAGGCAUCACCUGCGAAAAAGUUGCGGGAAAGUGAUUUUAACUCGGAUGUGGCUAAAGCUGCUGUUCACAAAGUGAACAACCCUAGCUCGCCGACUAGUAAUGUCACGCGAACUGAUUAUACUUGUACCGAAGCAAGUGUUGAGGAAGAGGCUGCCGUCGGGGAGGGGUUCGGGUUCUUUGGUGGUGGUUUAAUGGGCGUCGAUGACAUGGGGUGCUUGCUGGGGGAGGCUCCUCAGGGCCUGGGGUUUUUGGAUGACGCCCUGGGCAUUGAACUGAUUGCUUGGCUUGGACAUACCAGUUGCUCUUUGGGAUCGCAGAAGGGUGGUUCUAAUAAUGGUUCUUCAGGGGACGUGACAAACGAGGGGGGAGAGGCGCAGACUGUCGUUAGUAACGGACCGACUUCGAGCAAUAACUCCGCAAGGGCGAGCAGAGGGAAGCUGAGGCAGUGCAUCCCGGUGCUGUCGGUGGUUAAACUGCUGCUGUCAUCGAGCAAUGACAUGUUCUCCAUCGGCAUGGUCAACGAGAAAGAUGUUGUGCUGUGCACGCCGCUCGCGCCCACCAUAUGUCAGAUUGUUAUGUCGGCAUUCGCAGUGGAAGCAGCCAUGGCUGUUGAACGCGCUCUCGCUCUUAAAUCGGAUCGCCCGCAGCUGCCAGCAUCAACCAGCAUCCACGUGGGCGUGGUGGAUCAAGAGGAGCUGCUGGCUUCCGUACGAACCAAGAUCAAGUCUAUCCGUCCCUUCUGGGCAGCAGCAUCGGCGCGCGUCUUCCCCUUCUCCGCGCCCACCUCCCCCCGUGGAGAAACGGUGGUGGGGGGUGAAGCAGGGGAGGAGGCAGGGAUAUCACAAGGCUCAGCCGGGGGGGUUGACGCUGCAACUUCGAUGAAUGACGUGUCGAUGCAGGAUGCUGACAGCGCCGUCAGCAGCAUCAACGCUGACGUGGCACCGCCGGUGGAAAUCACGGAUUUCAUCCCUCUGAAGGUUCUUGGAAAGGGCAGUUUCGCCAAGGUGCUGCUGGUGCGCCAUGCCCCCAGCGGGCAGGUGUUUGCGAUGAAGGUGCUGGACAAGGCAGCGGUGAUGCGCCGGCAGCAGCUGCAGCACACACUCACGGAGCGACACGUGCUGCAGGAAGUGCGUCACCCUUUCCUCGUGCCGCUGCGGUGGGCCUUGCAAUCCGAGACGCGUCUCUUCCUGAUUCUCGAUUUCAUGCCGGGCGGGGAGCUCUUCUUUCACCUCAAGCGCGAAAGGCGCUUCAAGGAAGACCGCGCGCGCCUCUACGCCGCGGAGCUGCUGCUGGCGCUCGGGCACCUGCACUCUCUGGGCGUCAUUUACCGCGACCUGAAGCCGGAAAACAUUCUCCUAGAUGCUCAAGGUCACGUGCGCAUCGCGGACUUUGGAUUGGCCAAGGAGCACAUCGCCGACAACUCAUCGGCCUCCACCUUUUGCGGCACGCCAGAGUAUCUGGCUCCUGAGGUGUUGGGCGGCAAGGGGCAUGGCAGGGCUGUGGACUGGUGGAGCCUAGGGAUUCUCCUCUUUGAGAUGGUGGUUGGUGUGCCGCCCUUCUACGAUCGCAACGUGAACAUAAUGUACAACAAGAUAGUGAACGCGCCGCUGGUCUUCCCAGUCACCGUCACCAACUUCUACCUCCGUGAUCUCAUUUCCAAGCUGCUGGUUCGGGAGCCGAGCCUGAGGCUCGGAGCGGGCCCGACUGAUGCUGCAGAGAUCAUGAGGCACGAGUUCUUCAGGGGCAUGGACUGGGACAGGUUAUAUGCCAGGGAGGUGCCUCCCCCGUUCGUGCCCACCAGCAAGGGCGUGGAGGACGUGUCAAACUUCGAUAAGAGCUUCACCGGCCUCCACAUCAGCGAUCCUCUGGAGCCACCCGCCUCUGCUGCAGCGCCCACUGACAACCACCAUGGUGCGACGAAGCCCACCAACGCCCCUGCAAAGGCCGGCCAGAUCUCCUCCAAUGAUAAAGCUCCAGCUGGCGCUGACAAGGGGCAUGCCGGGAAGACCGGAAACACAGGAGGUGGGGGAAAGAUGGGGGGAGGUGCGAAACCGAAUCUGAAGAUUGAUACACAUGCAGCCUCGGGAUUGGAUCCACUUGACAACUCUCUGUUUGAAGGGUUUGUGUUCAGCCCUACCAAGAAAAACAGUGCCACAAGCCCUUCUGUGGUGUAG